CAUCUCCCCUCCACACACACCCAAAACACAACACAAGAAUGCACACGUUUGGAGUCUCCUUCACCGCUGCUUCUUCUCUGUCUUUCAUCCGGCCGCCGCAACAACAGAUCGGGCCCUUGGUUCCCCUGAAUGAGCUCAUCUACGUGUUCGGAAUGCCCCUGGGUGCCUACGGCCCUUUGUCUUCUGGCCUGAACUUCUCGAGGACCGAAGUGGCGCUCAGUGAGUCUAUCAUCACGAUGUGGACCAACUUCAUAAAGACAGGGGACCCCAACGACAGCGGCGCAGGAGACCUCUGGGGCGUCGUGAGGGAGAGGUCCAAGUACAGGACUCAGGACUGGGCCAAGUACGACCCCACCCACAGGAGGUUCCUCGAGCUAGGCAGCCGCGGCCGCGUGCGGGACCACUACCGGGCGGGCCGCGUGGCGCUGUGGUCGUGGCUGGUGCCCGGCCUGGAGCGCGUGGGCGCCCGCUACGGCCCCGACUCGCCCUUCCACCGCCUGCCCAAGUACCUGCAGCCGGACACCUUCUCGGGCCCGACGCGCCCCACCAACCUCUCGAGCAACUUCCUCCCGCCGCCGACCACGCCCGCGCCCACUACGCAGCAGCUUUCCACGCAGGCGCACACGACGCCGCGCCCGACGGUGCUGGUGCUGAUGAACAGCAGCAGCGUGGCCGGCCUACUGGAGGACCUGGGCACGGGCCACAAGCCGCAGGGCGCCGCCGCCUUCCCCUACACGACGGCGCUGAGCCUGACGGUGGCCAUCGGCUGCUCUCUGCUCAUCCUCAACCUGCUGGUGUUCGCCGCCGUCUACUACCGCCGCGACGCGCGCCAGGCUUUCACCAAGGCCAGUCACGACGGCAGCAGCGACAGCGGCAACGACGUGCAGCUGCACUCAUCCGGCGACCCGUGCAAGCCCAUCUCGCCGUCGCACUACGGCACGCUGCGCUCGUCCGCCACGCUGCGCUCGUCGCUGGCCACGUCGUUCGAGGGCGAGCAGCAGCACGAGUGGCCGCCCGACUACACCAGCAGCUGCCAGAGCGGCGAGGACGGCCCGCUGUGCGGCCCCGGCGAGCGGUGCCUGGCCGGCCACCCGCACAACGGCACGGCUUCGCGGCGCGGCGUGCACAGACAGUCCAUGUCGUACAACCCGCACGUGGACACGCAACUGUCGCCCGCCGUGUACGACGACACCCCCGACAUGCACGUGUGAGGCCGUCGCCGGAGUGCAGACGCCCGGCGAGCGCGCAGACGCAGCGCCCGCAUCGCGCCAAAACCUUUCCUUUCUGCGACAUGUACAUUGUUUAUACAUAUUUUGUAGAAUGCUUGUCGAAGCUGAUCACUAACCGAGCAUUGCUUACUCACCGCCGACCGGAACAGUUUUGAGAGUCUCCGGAGAGGCGCGAGCGCCGCCGCCGAGUGGCAGCUCGUGAGAACAAUCCCAAGGAAGCGCAGCAGCGUAGCUAGAGGUCUAGAUGGUGUCCAGAUACUCUUCCUUGCGAGGCUUCCCGAACCGCCAUUCAUAAAGAGGAUCAGAGUCGAGAGCCGAGUGCACCGAGGCGCGUUCUGGCAGAGGCUAGAGGAGUGGUUCUCAGUUCGGUCCAGGACACGGACCCGCGGCCUAAGCAAAACAAGUUACGUUAUAAAAGGGAUGACAAUUCGCGUUAACGUAAACUCCUUACAAAAAGAAGUUUGAGAAAUUAUAUAAGACAGUAGACAAGUAAUAUCUGAAAUAUAGUUAUUACAAGAAUAAUUUUGAAGAAAUGUAUAAACAUCAAACAUUUGGCUGUGAAAUGCAUCCCAAACGAACAUAUAAAUUACACAACAUAUAAUUCUCUCUGAAAUUUGAUGAAUGCAUUUCUUGCAACGACUCCCAAAUCAUUACGAUGUGCGGACCGCCAAAAUAACCAUGAUGGAUUUCGUGAACUGCCAGCAGAGAGCCACUGAUCUAGAGAUUCAGUUUGGAUACUUGGCCAUCCUUCUUUACGAUGCCAGCUUCACCCUUUUUCCUUUUUGAAUCGAUAGAUUCUCAGUGAUCCAUGUUUAUUCUGUGUGACAGAUUAAAAGCUGAUUAUAUAAUCACUAAAUCUGGACGAUGUGAAAUUUCAAGAUAAUAUCACGUGAUGUGUACAUAAUUCAGUUAAUGUUUUUUCGAUGAGUAGCUGGGCAUAUAUUUUCCCGCCACAGACGACAUUGUUAAAAAAAAUCGGAAUGAUCGUGGACCUAUUAACAAAAUUCUUAUCAUGAUCAAUUACAUAAAAAAUAAUAACUCAAUUAUAUAUAAAAUCAAUAGAACAUACAUGUUAUUUAUUCAGUUAAAAAGAUAAUAUACGAUUAUAAGAGAUAUGUUCGUAUCCCCUUAGGUGUAUUGCACGUAUCCCGCGACCCUCUGAUCCUCUCUGAGAAUACAGUAGAAUACAUUAUCGUUUUUUGCAAUAACAGUGACGUAAGUGGGAUUCAGACUUUAGGGUUUAUAUCACAAGGCGAGAGAAAAAUUGCGUUGAGAAACGAUCAGAUCGUUGGACGCAGCUACGCUUUGUGUAGUCGAGAAAUGGGCGCGUCAAAACGAGAGAAUCAACCGUUUAUUGAAGCCCAUGUUUUAUUUUUAUUCGGUAACUACUCUCGCGCCAUGCGUCGUGAGUGACGUCAGUAUUAGGUAUUCAAGUAUCAUUUGUCUCGUGGACAAUAAUAGACUUUAGAUAGAUAGACGUUUAUCAGAAGCGUUUCUAGUGUACGGCAUUUACACUCCUGGAACUGGACGCUUCUCUUCGCUCUGAAUCUAAAUGUUAUUUCAUUUGUUUUUGAGAAUAAUCAGAAAGAACUUCCAGUGAUAAUGUAAACCUGCAGCUAGAAGGGGAUUUUGACCAUCCACUCAAGAGAUGUUUGUUUACGUAUGUAAUCUCAUCUUUUAUAAUAUAUUUUUUCUUCAUUAAAAACGAGUUGAAUUUUUUAUAUUAAUUUUGAAUUUAGUAACUGCUGGAAUCAACAUUGUGCUAUGUAUUAUUACGUACUGAUGACCAUUGCUUGCUUAGCUGCUAAGAGUGUUCCAAAUGAAUGUACUGUACAUAGGCAGAAGAAGAAACACUAACGUGAAAUAAUGAAUAAUCACGUAUCAACGGCUCCGCUGCCAUCACCAGAUCAUUGUUCACUUGGCGUUCCCGACGAAAGGAAAGUUCUCAAUGAACUCUUGGUUAAGGCUUUCCGAACUCGAGAUAAACAGGGUGAUUUGGAAGCUCAACCAUAUGAAAAGGACAACAGUAACGUUUAGUGUGAAUAAUAUUGAUAAAAAUGAUUUUUCGCUACCUUCGCCGAAAACCGAUAUUUUGGGGGAAUUGCCCGAGGACUUUCCAGCUAGUUCCCGUGGCCACUGACCUCCUACUCAAUUUGUGAAAUACGGUGAGAAGGUAAAGCAAAGCUUCGUGAAUAUUUUCGAACCUUUCACUCUCUUUCAUUUCGCCCGCGCCUCAUUAUUCAUACAAAUGAGGUCAGGAAGAGGUUAACACGUGCUCUUGCAGCAUUUCAAUUGGAUUUAUUUCCCACCAAUAUGAAAGAAGACUUGGAUAAAAACGGUGCCGCCAUUGGUCAGGGUUUGGGAGGCGUGAACCAAUGGGGACGCGCCUCUUCACCUCACGUUAAAAAAUAUCUGUAUACUUAUAUUUGAAGGAGAAAGUGUAUAUUAUGUAUAGCAUAUACCACACCCCUUCCCCUCCCUCAGAACCUUAGAUAUAACAAAGUAUGAUUUGUUGUGGGUCCCAUGGCUGUCAGUAGAAUAUAUAUAUAUAUGUAUAUAUAUGUAAAAAUAUAUUGGUGUCUCACAAUGAUAGAUACGUUUCAUAUAUCAGUGACAAAAUGUUAUUAAUAUUAUUUUUCAAUCAUCGUAGACGCUCUCCUGUGUUUGGUAUCCCCAAAAUGCCCGAGUAAAUUCAAACGCAAGCAUAAUCAA